AUGAAGGUCGAUCAUGUCGCCGGUGUCACUAGGUCCGUCGAACGCCGCUGCUCCAAGCACCUGUGGUGCGAUGCUGCUACCGCUCUGACCGCCGCUGCUGCCUGGGGAGCAACCAUGGCAGACGAACGAAGAGAGGGAAGCACGAAGGCUUGCAGGCGUGAUGUUUCAUUGAUCGGUCGCGAGAAGGAUCGUCUCCGAGGGUCGAUGAGGCCGAAGGGAAGGAAGGGAGAAACAGCGAGGCUGAUGUGGAGUUGGCGAAAGGGAGUGGAAAUGAGGUGGAAGAGAACAAUGCUAGGGGAGGUGCGAGGGACAAAGGAGGUCCGAUGGGAGUUCGGUCGACAACCAUACUUCGCAGGUGAGGGCUUCGGUGGGUUUUGCUCGACUGGAGGAGGUGUGGGAUGCGAUGGGGAAAACGAUCAACAACAGCACCGCAGAUGGUAUGAUUUGACAGUGAAGGUUGACGGGAAAGGAGGGAUGGAGGGGAUACCGGAUCUCCGGCGACUCCCUUCCGCUGUUUCCUCUUCUUGUUGCCGGCAGUGGAGUGGUGCUGCAACAGCAGUGAUCGAAGGGGUGUUUGGCUUGGUAUUGUUGGAUAAUCACAGGAGAAAGAACGAAGACAUCAGUUGGUUUUUUUUUGAUUUGUUGUGAGCGACGAGAAGGGAGGAAAAAAAUGAGGCGUUUCUUGUUUGCAGGUAGUCACGAGAACAAAAACAAAAAUGUUCUUGACUGGUAAUGAAGAUGCAGGUAGAAAAUAAAGAAUCUCUAAAUUUUCAGUUUAGAUUUCCGUUGUUGGUGGUUGUUUGUGAAUCUAGCAUUUGUGAUCAUUUGUUGAUUUUUAUCAUUGUACAUGGUGUGGGGUAUGUUUGAGUGUGGUCUUGGUUGAAGGAAGAGUGCAAGCAAGCUUGAAAAAGGCCUAACAUAUUUCUUUUGUGUGUAAAAAUUAAUAGCUGUCAUUUAUGUAUUGAAAUUUAUAAAUAAUCAAUUUUCC